AUGUUUCCACAUCCAUUGUUUGAAUUUUAUAAAUUUCCAAAGGAAGCUUUUGACAGAAGCAGAAACGCAAAUUAUGAGAAAUUUCCGUUAUUUGUGCAGGAAAGGGGAGGAAGAAAUUAUUAUACGCCUUGCGGCUGGGUAAGGUAUGGACUGAAUGUGGAAAAUAAAUAUCAAGAUGCGAAUUGGCUGACGAGUGAUAGCUGGGCGAUAGGAUAUUAUGCUGCGGAUAUUGAGACUAUUAGAGAAAUUGUGAGGACAAAUGAUUUUUCAGUUGAUGCGAAGGUCCAGGAAAUGGGAAAUCUGUAUAUGUUUUUGACGCCGUUUAUUGAUCAUUUGGAUCAUUCUGGCCCGCUUACAAUGCUGCCGAGAGAAGUGCCAUGAGGAUUUGAUGGGAACUCUAAAUAUAAGGUAGUUUUGCAGUGCAAAGUGCAGUCAAGUGUUAUUUUAGAGCUUCAAGAUCCCUCACCUUUUUUUAACACAAGAACGAGGGAAUUGAUUUUGUGGAGGGCACCGAUAGAUUGUGUUCGACCAUAUACAAUUUUGAUAAAACAGAUAGAAUAA